AUGUUCGCCGGUAUCUCCGGCGCGAUCUCCGGCGCUAUCCCCGGCGUUAUCCCCGGCGGGAUCUGGGACCGCAUCCCCAGCUCCCCGCGCGGCUCGCCGCUGCGCCCCGAGAAGCGGCUUGUGUCUUACGCGUCGCUAGACCCGCCUGGCGCUUUUAGGAGCCGAGGAGGUAAGGGCGGUCUAGACUGGCUUGAGGAGAUUAAGAAGGGAGAGGGAGGAGGGGGCGGUGAUGGCGGAUUUGGCGGAAGUGGCGGAGGUGGUGGGGGGAGCAGUAGGGGCAGUGGGGGCGGCAGGGGAGGGGAAUUGCGGGCGAACGCCGGAGAGGCUGGGGGGGAGAGCAGGCGGGGAGCGCUUCCCUCCGCAAGUGGCGGCGCUGGCGGUGCUGGCAGCUUUGGAAGAAGCGGGGGAGGCGGAGGAGGAGGGGGCGGAGGCGGAGGGGGAGGGGGAGGGGGAGGGGGAGGGGGAGGGGGAGGGGGAGGCGGAGGCGGAGGGUUCGGGGGAGCAAGCGCACAUGGCAUGGGCGGCGGCGCAGGCUUCCCUUUCCCCUCGCGCCCCCGCAGCUCCCCCUUAGGAAACAAGCUCAUGUCGUAUUCGUCUCUGGACCGCCCCUGUAGGCCCGAGGUGGGGGCAGGCGGGGAGGGGGACGCGGGGAACUUGAGCUGGCGCCAGCUGGUGGCGCAACUGAAAGAGGGGGAGGAGCUGAAGGAGGGGAACGAGGGGGAGGAGGGGAGUGACUGGGAGGAGCGAGAGCGCAGGGGCACGAGGGCCAGUAGUAGCAGCCGUGGUGGUGCUGCUAGGGAUAGAAAAAGCGCCGCCGGCGCUGCUGCUGCUGCUGCUGGUGGUCACGGCAGCAGCAGCGCUGGCGGCGGCGGUGGCGGUGGUAGUGGUGGCGGCGGUGGUGGCGGUGGCGGUGCUGCUGCCAGUGGUGCUGCUGGCGGCACGGCGAUAACAGCGGUGAGUGCUCGCCCAAAGUCCAGGCACAGGCGAGGGGCGUCGUUCCAUUCCCUCUCUCCCCUCGACUCCGCUAGCAGUGACACAACCUUCAGCUCGCUGUCGCAGCAGCCUGCUAUCGGGACAGCUCGUAACGCGGAUCGUUUUGGCAGUGCUGCUGGUGCUAGCGGCAACAGUAGGCUAUCUGGUGGUGGUGGUGGUGCUUCUGCUGCUGCUGCUGCUGCUGCUGCUGCUGCUGCUGCUGCUGCUGCUGCUGCUGCUGCCGGUGCCGCUGGUGCUGGUUCUGCUUGUCCCAAGCCAAGGCACCGGCGAGGCUCCUCUCUCCACUCCUUUCCCCCUAUUGACACCACAAGCAGUGAAGCUAUUUUCGACUCGAUCCAACGGGCAGCCGAAAAAGAAGCAAGUCAUUCCGGCGACCUUUACUCCCCAGUCAGCACCAGGCCAGCCACUGCCGCAAAUACUUCCGGGCAGUUUGACGGGUAUUGGGGCAGCGAAGACACGGAUUCCGGGUCGUUUAAUGCGAGAGAGGAAGUACCCAAAGGAAGGCUGCACAGGCCGUAUCAGGGGUCUGCCAAUAUAAGCGAGCUAUUGGGGUCGAGGAUUAGCAGAGCACGGGAGCGGUCUCAGCCUAGGUCGAAAGAGAGAACGGGGGAGAGAGAUGUUGGGAGGAGGGAGAGGACGGGGGAGAGGCGAGGUGAGGGGAAGGGGGUAGUGGGUGAGGUGGUAAAGGGGGAGCAGGAGCAUGAGGGGCAGCAACAGCAGCAGCAGCAGCAGCAGCAGCAGCAGCAGCAGCAGCAGCAGCAGCAGCAGCAGCAGCAGCAGCAGCAGCAGCAGCAGCAGGGGAAGGAGAAGGUGAAAAGUCCGAGGGGCAGUUUGGGAAUCAAGGGAAUAUUGCACGUCGCAUCCUCCCGCCUCCGCUCCCUCCUCCCAGACUCCACCUCUCCCACUGGCAGCACCACCACCACCACAAGCAGCACCACAGCCGCUACAGCUGCCACUGCUGCCCCUCCCAGCAGCGCUCCCAGCAUCAGCAGCGGUGUUCCCAUGGGGAGCAGUAGUGGCAGCUAUAGGCCGACCUCCCAGGAGGCUCCUGCUGCUCUCGCGUCCUUCUCCCUCAAGUCUUCAGACGCUGCAGGUGGGGAGAGUGACAGGGGGAGGAGGCCGGCGAGUGAGGUAGCAGGCCGCGUGGGGGGGAUUCGGGGUAGGUUUGGAAGGCGGAAGCAGAGGCAUGGGGGGGAGGAGGAGGAGGGGGAGGAGGGGGAGGAGGGAGGGGUGGAUAGCCGAGGGGAGAGUCCAUUGGGGAGUGGAGAAAGGGAAGGUGGUGCUGGGGGAGGUGGUAUUGGUGGCGGUGUGGGCGGCAACAGCAGCAGCGGGUUACCAGUGAUGAGGCAGUACGGCAGCAUCCGCCCGUCGGACUACAUCCUAAAGAAGCCGUACAAGGACCUGGCGGUGCGGUAUGUGCUGCACAAGGAGGAGCUGGGCAGCGGCGAGUAUGGGGUCAUUCGCAAGUGCCUGGAAAUUUCUUCUGGGCAUGUGCUCGCAUGCAAGACUAUAAAAAAGGCGCGCAUCAAGAGCCAAGAGGCAGCGGAUGACAUCAGAAUGGAGGUCGCGAGCAUGCUUGUACUGAAGGGGCAUCCGUAUAUUGUCACACUGCACGAUGCAAUCGAAGACGCAAAGCACGUGCAUUUAGUGAUGGAGUUCUGUCGCGGCGGCGAUCUAUUCGAUCGAAUCACCAAGGGCGGAGUGUACUCAGAGCCUCUGGGCGCCCACCUGUGCCGCGCAAUCAUAGAGGCGCUGCUGCACUGCCACCGCCACGGGGUGAUUCACCGGGACAUCAAGCCGGAAAACAUUUUACUGCUGGAGCCUGGGAGUGACACACGCAUCAAGCUUGUCGAUUUCGGCGUUGCGACCUUCUUCCAGGAAGGGGUUUUGCUCCACGACACUAUCGGCACGCCCGAGUACAUGGCUCCAGAGGUGUGGGAUGGGAGCUAUGGCCCAGCAGUGGACGUGUGGAGCACGGGGGUUGUCAUGUACAUUGCCAUGUCAGGUGUGCCGCCCUUUUGGGCGGCAUCCAAGCAGUCCGUGCAGGAGGCAGUCGCCACCCGCGAGGCGAGCUUCCGGUCGGCGAAGUGGGCGCAUGUUUCGGACGAGUGCAAGCAUCUGAUUGGCCGGAUGCUCGCGAAGAAGCCUCAGGAGCGAAUCACGUGCCUUCAGAUUCUUGGGCAUCCAUGGAUACGCCAGCAUUCGUCCCGCUAA